AUGUUUCCAAAUUCCACCGUACGGGGUGUGGACCUGUUCCCACCCCCGGUCACUUGGAUGCCCCCCAAUUGUGUCAUUGAAGUCGACAACGUGCUUGAAGAUUGGACUUGGCGCGAGCAGUUUGACCUGAUCCACAUGCGCAACAUGCUCGGAUCGUUUGACCCCAGUGAAUGGGAUCGUCUCUACCAGCAAUGCUUUGAUAAAAUGGCGCCCGGGGGCUGGAUUGAACAGCUUGAAGUUGGCCCCUUCAUCAGGAGUGAUGACGGAUCCCUUCCUGCGGACUCUGCCAUGUCCCAGUGGGGUCCGAUGAUGCAGUCCUGUGGUGAUCAAUCAGGUCGCUCAUGCGACAUCAUCCUCACCAUGUCAGAUAGCAUUCGGAAGGCCGGAUUUGUCGACGUACGCGAGAGAACGUACAAAUGGCCUCUGGGGCCAUGGCCCAAGAACCAGAAACUGAAGGAGGCCGGUGUUGUCAACGUGCAACAUUGGAUGUCCGGAAUGGAAGGAUGGUGCAUGUGGCUACUGACCAAAUUUGGUGAGCCCGAGCCUUGGACGAAGGAACAAGUCCAUGUUUACUGCGCGAAGCUUCGCAGCGAGCUGAAGAAUCCUUACAUCCACGCCUAUCAUACCUCGGUGUGGGCUCGCAAGCCAAUGCCUGGGGAGACUCCCCCACGGUCAUCGAAGUCCAGCUCUCAGUGA